AUGGAGAAAAUCAGUCACGAAUACUACUCAGAUCUCUUCGAUGGAAACGUCCACUUUCCGUCAUACGAAAUAAAGGAGGGUGGGUAUUACCUGAAAAACAUCCCGCCAGCCCUCGUAAACGCACUAGCUCGGCCCUUCAAACGUUACCUGUCUGUAUGCAAAGUUCCUACACCGUCGAAGAUCGGCAGGGCCGUGUUCUUGCUCAAGAAGGGUGACCUACACGAUAUCGGCAACUAUCGCCCAAUUUGCUUGCCGUCUGUCGUCUACAAAAUUUGCACUCGGGUCAUCAUCCUAGACAGCAGGAUCGACAGAACACUCGACGAUGGACAGCCAUGUGAGAAAGCAGAGUUUCGAAGUGAUUUAGUACGAUGGAGCACAUUCACCUGA